AUGACAACCAAAUACAUCUCCAAGCUCGCCAACCAGCGCGUCCUCAUCUUCGGCGGAACAUCCGGGAUCGGAUUCUGCGUCGCCGAAGCAGCCUUCGAGCACGGUGCGCACCUGAUUAUCUCGAGCUCGAACCCCUCCAAGCUCGAGAAGACAGUGACCCGGCUGCGCCAGACAUACCCGGCUCAAGCAGCAGCGCAAACCAUCAUCACCCACACCUGUGAUCUAGCUGACACGGCAAAUCUCGAUUCCAAUCUUGCGAAUCUCUUUCAAACCGUUACCAACAACGGGACUACCAAGAUCAACCAUAUCGUCACCACAGCCGGCGAUGCGCUCAGCCUCCCCCUUCUCGCCGAGUUGACCCCAGAGAUUAUUCAAAAGGCCGGCGUUGUACGCUUCAUGGCACCCCUAAUGAUCGCCAAGUAUAUCCCCCAAUACAUGGAUCUGGCACCAACGAACUCCUUCAUCAUGACCGGCGGAGUGCGCGCGCAUAAGCCUGCUCCCGGUUGGUCCGUCGUCACUGGAUUUGCGUGUGGCGCAGAGGGUAUUGUGCGAGGACUCGCGCUAGACCUCAAGCCCCUGCGGGUAAAUAUGGUCUCGCCGGGGGCAGUGCAUACGGAGCUUUUCUCGAGUUUGCCCAGUGAGAAGUUGGAGGGCGUUCUGGAGAUGUUCCGGAGCCAGUCUACGACGGGGACGGUGGGGCGGCCGGAGGAUCUGGCGGAGAGUUAUCUGUAUCUUAUGAAGGAUCAGUUUGCCACGGGUAGUAUUGUCGAGUCGAAUGGGGGUGCAAUGUUGGCCUAG